GAUAAUUAUUGAUUUUUCGUAAACAUCAGUUUGGAAAAAACGGUUAGAUAUAGAGAAAUGGGCGCCGCUUUCUUUCCCGUGCUGUUUUUCACCGCCUUGUGGGGCGGCGUGGGCAUUGCUAUGCCCAUUAUGACCCCGAAAGGACCUCAUCAGAACCUGAUUCGCUGUAUCCUGAUGCUGACCGCCGCUUGCUGUUGGCUCUUCUGGCUGUGCUGCUACAUGGCCCAAAUGAACCCUCUGAUUGGGCCCAAACUGAAGCGGGAUGUGGUGGCCAUGAUUGGCAAGUCCUGGAACAACCCAAUUGUGGCUGGUUAAAGGCUUCUUGAGGGUAUAUAGUGCCAGCUUUAUAAUGUAUCCCAGCAUAAUCACCACUUAAUUGUUUAUAAUAUGUUGUAAAUAAAAAGUGCAAAUAUCCAUUGUUCUGUUA